AACGAUCAACAAUAAUGGAGUCGGAACCCCUGUUAAACGAGAGCGUUGAUGGUGAAAGAUUAAUUCUGUUUCCCAUCAGGUACCCUGACAUAUGGAACAUGUACAAAAAAUCGUGCGCAUGUUUUUGGUCGGUCGAGGAGGUGGACCUUUCGAAAGAUAUGCCCCACUGGAACGGUCUGAACGAAGACGAACGACACUUCGUUAAACACGUGCUAGCAUUCUUUGCGGCCAGCGACGCAAUUGUGAACGAAAACCUCGCGGAACGUUUUCUUCGAGAGGUGAAGAUUCCCGAAGCCAAGUAUUUCUACUAUUUCCAGGUGACCAUCGAGAACAUCCACUCCGAAAUGUACGGUCUGUUGCUUCAGACCUACGUAAGGGAUAAGAACGAACGCGACAAUCUCUUUCACGCCACCACCACCAUACCAUGCGUUAAGAAAAAAGCCGACUGGGCCAUGAGAUGGAUCGAAAGCACGGACGCCAGUUUCGGCGAACGAUUGGUCGCGUUUGCCGCCGUGGAGGGCGUGUUCUUUUCGGGUUCGUUCGCGGGGUUCUGGCUGAAGAAACGCGGUCUGAUGCCCGGUCUCACGUUCUCCAACGAGCUGAUCAGUCGCGACGAGGGACUGCAUUGCGAUUUCGCGUGUUUGCUAUUUCAACGUCAUCUCCUCAACAGACCGUCGCCCGAACGCAUAACGGAUAUCGUCGAAUAAGCGGUGACGAUAGAGAAGGAGUUUAUGACGGACGCGUUACCCGUCAGACUGAUAGGCAUGAAUUCGGACAAGAUGGCGCGUUACGUCGAGUUUGUUGCCGACAGACUGUUGGUGGAGUUGGAAUGCGAAAAACGAUGGGGCUCCGAUAACCCGUUCGACUUUAUGGAGAAUAUAUCGUUGCAGGGUAAAACUAAGUUUUUCGAGAAACGCGUGAGUGAAUACCGAAAGAUGGGCGUUAUGGACAUGACGGAGAAUCGAAAAUUCAGUCUCGUCGAGGAAUUCUGA